AAUUCCAAAGAAAAUUUCAUUUUGUUAAAACAAAGAACAGCGAACCCUCUAAAAAGGGUGUUCCCACGGAAUGUUGCACUUACAGUCUAAAUUAAUUUAAUUCUAGGUGUUUGUGGUCCAAACCUAGCAACCCCAGGCCGGUAUCUUAUCAUCUAGCAUCUGGCAGUUGACAAGUGACGCGCGUACCGACCGCACGCCCCGUCGGUGCACGAGAGCAACACGAUCGCGAGUUUCAAAGUAAUGUGAAGUACGGAGUUUAUACUUUAGUGACAUAUUAAAUAAUAAGUUCUAAAUAAUGUGACAUAUGAACAGUGCAGUGAAUUAUUAUUAACGAUGCUGUUAUUAUUAAUUGGGAUGUUUGUCGCCCGCAGUGUGUCCCAUACGAUCACAACACUAGAAGUGCCGCUGUGGGCGGACCCGCGGCGCGAGGCCGAGCUGCGCUGCCAGUACAUGCGGCAGCAGCACGAGCCGCCGCUGCACUCCGUCAAGUGGUACCGAGACAUGCACGAGAUCUUCCGAUAUACGCCGCAAGAGCUAGAAACACGAGCUUUCAACAGUACAGAGAUAUCAGUGACGAACAGUUCCUGUGACCUUGAGGCGUGUGUUAUCACAGUCAGACCAGAGCGGGGGACAGCCAAGUACACGUGCGAAGUGUCCAGCGAAGGACCUCGGUUCGCUGUCGAUAAGCGAUCAGCCAAUAUGACACUAGCUGUUAUGCCAGAAUACGACCCGUUGAUCACGGGUCUACCUACGAUGGUGCAAGUGGGGGAGCAGGCGCUGGUCAACUGCACGUCAGACUACUCGCUGCCGGCGGCCACUAUAGACUGGUUCGUCGAUUCAGAACCACAGGAGGAUCCACUAAUAACACCAGACACGGUGGUGUCUGGCGCUGACGGGGACGGUCUCCGCGCAUCAUGGCGGACGCUGCACGUGUACCCAGACGACUACCCGACACACCGCGGGUACCUGGCGCUGCGGUGCCGCGCCACGAUAGCGACGCGGCCGCCCCACGUGCGCAGCAUGUCUGUGCGGCUGUACGUCGCCGCCAGGCCACAUAUAUCUUCUUAUAUGUUUAGUAAAAAUAAUGCAGUACCGAGCAGUAGUUCCCGACUGCGGGUGGAAACGGCAUUAUGGACGUUGUUAUUUUUAGUGAGAAGACAAGUGCCUUCGCUAGUCAAGUAACUAGUGUAUUGUGACAUACAGACAGACAAACGGAGCUGUGAGUGUUAUGUGUUAAGUUGCUGAGUUGUGGGUAUGUCUGCGUUCAAAGAAUUGUGUAGCUAGCAAUAGUGUUAACGGUUACUUAUUGGGUUUAAUCAAGAGAUAUUUUGUAUUAAGAUUGUAAUUUGAAAUGUUUGUUUUUGUGUUUCUUGUUAGAAAACUGGCCUUAGUUUGGAUUUUAUACGAAACUAGCGGACCCGACAGACGUUGUCCUGUCUACACGUCUUUAAUUUGAAAUUUUAAACUUUUUUUAAUAAGCUAAAACAUUCUGGACCUUUUUGAUGAAAAUUGUUAUUCAAAUGUUAUAACAAUAUCUAACGUCAUUCAUAUUUGACACUGCGAUGGUAGCGCCGUCUGUCGGAUUCAAUGUAAAACAUUCCAAAAUCAACAACUACUGAUAAAUUAAAAAAUAAUCAAAAAAUCAUUGUCCAGCGGACAAAAUUGUGAAUCUAAACCAUUCUCAGAUCCCCUUGAACACACACAAAAAAAUUCAUCAAAAUCGGUCCAGUCGUUUAAGAGAAGUUCAGUGACAUACACACUUACAGAAGAAUUGUAUAUAUACGAAAUAGAUGAUAUAUGUAAUGGAUUUAUGGAUUUUUUUACGUUACCCCACAAUACAAUUCAACAACAGCACGAUUGGCGCGGUUGCUGGGCAACUGGCUGCCGUGCAACGUGUAGCGGGUACGAUUCCCGCACGGAGCAACUCUUUGUGUGAUCUACAAAUUGUUGUUUCGGGUCUGGAUGUCAUGUGUAUGUGAACUUGUAUGUUUGUAAACGCACCCACGACACAGGACAAAAUCCAAGUGUGGGACAACGUUUUAUAAAAAAAAUGUUUUUCAAUCGUGUGAGUGUUUACAAAUACAACCACAUUCAUACAAAAUUACAUUUAGUUGUAAAUGAGUGUCAAUUCCGUGCUGGUACUGAUUCUGUUAAACGUCACAAAAUUGCAAACUGCUUAAUUUAAAUAACAACACGUCAAUAGAAAGUUAGUUAAGUAAUAAUACUUCGUCAACAAUAGUGUCGCGAGGCGAUAGUAAGUUUAAAUCCAACCCAAUUAAGCUGCUGCGGUUAACCUACUCAAACAUAUUCAAAUUAAUAAGAAGGGUUGCUUAACUAGCUUAGUAAUUCACACAAUACCAAGCCUUACAACUUUGUAAUUAAUUAACCAAAGGAUUUAUACAUCACUUACCAUUUUAACCUAAAAAAUAUACGAAUUCUGUGAACCGUAAAAAAUGUUUUAACAAAGCUUAACGCUAAACGAUUCGCCCUUGCCCCUUUUCCAAAUAAAAAAUCCAUCUAUUCCAUUUUCGAAAUAAAAAAGAACAAUUGAAAUUAAAGCCAGUACUCGCGCACUCCGACCUAAUACUGAAAAAAAAAGAAAUGUAAAUAUAAUCUAUGAACGCAGACAUUCCUACCAUAAAGGUUAUAAUGUAAAAAAGUUAUUUAUAUUCUGCUGUGAAAUCUGUUAUAGUAUGUAAAGAAAUAAUAUAUUUUCAUGAGGCUAAAAGUACACGUAAUUAAUCUGUUUCUAAUGAGCACGCGAACUCUAACAUUCUAAAUUAGAUAAAAUACAUGAAUAUAUCAAGCCCUUUGCUCAAUUGUUAUUUAUUAUUAAUUGAUUUCAGGUUAGCACUGCUUUCAUUUUAAUAGGCGUUAUUUACUAUAAAUACUGCACAUUGUUAAAGCUAAUUUAAGGUAAGCGUCCACAGGCCCACAUCGUACGCAUUCCGUAUGACGUCAUCAGUACGCAUCGCAUGUAGGCAUUGCUGAUGAUGCGAUCCGCACGAUGCGGAUCAGUGGACGCAGUUGUAUGAGUUUCUAUACAAGACAAACUAAAAUUCGUUGCGUACGAUGCGAGCCUGUGGACGCUUACCUUUAGGUACUU